AUGGCUAGGCGUCACGGAUGGCAACUCCCUGCUCACUCCUUUCAGGUUGUGGCUAUAACAGUUUUUUUCUUGUUAUCUGUUGCUUUCUAUGCUUUUUUUGCUCCAUUUCUUGGGAAAGACAUCUACGAGUACUUAGCAACGGGCAUUUACUCCUUCCUGGCACUGUCUGUAUUUAUACUUUACACAAGGUGCACAGCUAUUAAUCCUGCUGAUCCUGGAAUUCUCAUUGAAGCCGACAAGUCAUCAACUUAUCGAUCACAUAAUGGAACAGAGGUUCCUGAUAUAUCUACCACUAAGGAGCCAAGCAAGACGGAAUUAAAGAAAGGAGAAAGAUCUUACAGGCAUGAUGCAGGAUGUUGUUCGAAAAUUGGAGGCUUUCUUUGUUGUUGUCUUAUGACGGAAGAUUGCCGUAAAGAUGAAGAUCAUGUAGCGGAGCAAAAUGGUGAAGAAGAUGCUUUAUUCUGCACAUUGUGCAAUGCGGAGGUGCGCAAGUUGAGCAAACACUGUAGAAGUUGUGACAAAUGUGUUGAUGGAUUUGAUCAUCAUUGCCGGUGGUUGAAUAAUUGUGUGGGAAGAAAAAACUAUAUCACAUUUGUAUGCUUAAUGGCUGCAAGCCUUGUUUGGCUUGUUUUUGAAUGUGGGGUGGGCAUUGCAGUCCUUGUUCGCUGCUUUAUGGAGAGAAAGGCUACAGAGAAUCAGAUAACUGACAGGCUUGGAGAUGGAUUCUCUCGUCCGCCCUUUGCUACAGUAGUGGCGCUCUGUACUGCUGUUUCUUUGCUUGCAAUGGUACCUUUGGGAGAAUUGUUCUUUUUCCAUAUAAUCCUUAUCCGAAAGGGUAUCACAACAUAUGAGUAUGUUGUUGCUAUGAGGACUCAAACUGAACCUCCUGGACCUUCUGUAGAUGGAGGAGAUCAGCAAAGUUUACCAUCUUCACCAACGAGUUCCGCUGUUACUGCCAUCAGCGGAAGAAGCUCUGUUGGCAUGGGGCUUCAAUAUAAAGGUUCUUGGUGUACUCCCCCUAGAAUAUUUAUGGAUCAUCAGGAUGAAAUUAUUCCCCAUCUUCAGCCCGGACGUCUACCUUCCACAGUUGAUCCAGAUGCCGUUCAAUCUGACAAGGAGAGACGAGGACCCCAGCGUCCAGUCAGAAUCAGUGCAUGGAAGCUUGCAAAGUUGGAUUCUCAUGAGGCUAUUAAAGCUGGUGCAAAGGCCAGAGCUUCGUCAUCCGUUUUACGUCCAAUAAGUUCUAGACAUCAUAAUUACGAUGCUGAUCAUUUAUCCAAUACCACUAUGAGUGGUAAAAGCUCUCCAACGAGUACAAGGCACGGAUAUUACGAGAGCAAUGCUCGAGCAGGGGCAUCAGGGUUGUCCCCAUUGAAGACCUCGUAUUCACCUAGUCAAGCUAGCAGGGACGACAAUGAUACGCGUGGUCACAGCAUAAGUAACUUAAGCAGUCCUCUUGCCACAAAUCUCACUUCUUCACCAGUCGAGCAGCAGCAUUCUUCAAACAAAGACCACUUUAAUCCAAUAUAUCAAGCAUCGGCUAAUCAAUCUCCCUGGUCGGCAAAAGCAAGUGAUAAAAAUGAAGCUUCUUUUAGUGAUGAUAAAGCCGGGCCGCCCUUGAGGAAUAACAAUUCGGGUAUUGCUGAAAAUGUGAAAUCAUCAGUAUUUUGGGAUCCAGAAGCAGGGCGCUAUGUUUCUGCUGCCACCCGGAAUGUUGGAUCAUCAUCUCAAGUUACUGCUGCUGAGCUUACAUACGCAAGUCAAUCUAUAUUCUUUGGAGGUCCUCUCAUGAACGAACAGCCGAGCCGAGGGGCAAGAAGUGGCACCUCAUUGCCAGCCGGUCCCCAGAGAAGUUCAACGUCUAGUUACUAUCAACAGGGUAGAUCACAGAGGGGAGGUCAGCUUCCUGUAUUUGUCCCAAGUGAUUCCCAGCAAAACCAAUUUUCUUCUAGAUUGCAAUAA